GCCUACGAUCCUGGAGCCAUUUGCGCCAAGGCCCGUACCCCACUAUUUGCCUUUAUUGUCCCACUGCCAAAGUCACAUGACGUCGCGAAAAGGGCACCCAAAUGUCCUCCUUCACCAGUCUCGCAGAAUCGCAGGGAAUUCACUUGUCAGGAGUGGUGGUAAAAGUCUUCAUGACAAGAAUCACAGUGGGAAUGAUACAUCCAGAUGUAAUAAUUGUACACGGCCGUUAAAGGCCAGUCAAUUGCUCUAAGAUUCGAU